AUGGACUUGCUGCGACACAGACUGUGCCAUCGGGAGAUGCAAAGCUGCAGUGUCCUUGUUCUAACAGAGACGUGGCUUAAUAACAACAUGCCGGAUGUCUUUGAGCUCGCCGGACGGCUACUUUUCCGCUCGGACAAAGACCGGCAGCUCUCCGGUAAAACCAGAGGAGGAGGACUCUGCAUCUAUAUCAACAAAGCAGUGUUCAUAGCUGCGGUUUAUGUUCCCCCGCAAGCUACCGCCAAUGUAGCGCUGAAGGAGCUGCAAGACAGCAUCGGCUCGCUACAAAAUAAACAUCCAGAAGCGUUAUAUGUAGUGGCAGGGGACUUCAACCACGUGAAGAGCAGCGCCACGCCCCCACCUCGGCGCCUCGGAUCACAUCUCUCUCCUGCUCGCUCCUGCAUACUGCCCAGGAGCAAAAACCCUGACACAAAAACCAUCUGUGUGUGGCCUGAAGGUGCUGUGUCCAGGCUACAGGACUGCUUCGAGACCACAGACUGGCAGAUAUUCAGGGAAGCUGCGACAUCAGAGAGCAAUGUUGAUUUGGAGGAAUACACAACAUCUGUUAUGGACUACAUUAGGACGUGCAUGGAGAAUGUGACCACCUCAAAGACUAUAACCAUCAGGCAGAACCAGAAACCAUGGAUCAAUGGCGAGGUGCGUUCCCUGCUGAGAACCCGUGAUGCCGCAUUCAGAGACGGUGAUGAAGCCGCACUUAAAACUGCCAGAAGAAACCUGUCUGCUGGAAUAAAGAGAGCAAAAGCCACAUAUGCUCUUAAGAUUCAGGGUCAUUUCACAUCAAACGACCCAUAG